UCAAAGGUCGUCCCCAAAAGGUAAAGAGUAAAUAAGACAAACAUCUGGUGGACUCUCUGAGAAUGCCAGAGGGCAAGCACCGUACGUGUAAGCCUAUCAUUAUGUUUUCACCAACAUGUUUUACUCUAACGAAUACACAACAGAAACCCACCCACUCAUUAAACACAAACCGGUUCAGUGAGCUUUUGUGAUCCAGUCAGUACAGUCUGUGAACAGUCAGUAGUGAGCGUCUCAGACAGGUGAGUGCAAGUCGCUUCCUUUAACACGAAGAGCGUGUCUUUGAUUUCACAGGUUCUCUCUCCAUGUUACUUUGUUUUUCGUGUGUUAGUUUAGAAUCUCGUAUAAACUCAACUUGUCUCCUCAGGUGUGACGGCGCAGUAAUCAUGUCGGACUCUAGAACAGCAGAAGAAGUCAUAGUCACCCUUCAGUCGUGCAAGAGUUCUCAAGCCAGAGAUACAGCUCAGUUCUACAACACGUGGGCCAAGGACUACGAAACAGACGGCUCUCUGAUGAGCUACAGAUCUCCACAUCUGGCUGUAGAGUUCCUGUCUGAGAACUUCACUGGGAGUCCUGGAGAUGUUCUGGUUCUGGACGUGGCCUGUGGAACCGGAUGGGUUGCUAAACUGAUGUUUGAACUAGGCUUCAGACACUUUGUGGGAGUGGACUGCAGUAAAGAAAUGAUGGAACAAGCUGCUGAGACCGGACUCUAUCAGGACCUGACCCUGGCUUUACUGGGAACAGACCCACUGCCUGCACAGACUGGUGCGUUCGAUGUGGUGAUCAUCGCCGGCGGUCUUUGUGCUGGUUUCGCUCCGGUCAGUGUUGUCAGAGAACUCUGCCAUGCCGCCAAACCAGGAGCCCUGGUGUGUAUCUCAAGAGGCAACCACACAGAAACACAAGCAAUGCAAUACAAGGAGGAUCUGGAGAGGGAGCUGCAGCUGAUGGAGGACGAGGGGCUGUGGAGUCGAGUUGGAUUGAAACAAGCAGACAAAUACAUGCGAAGCUCGAAUCUGAGUCCUGAUAGAGACGAGGACAACGUGGCCGAGAAGCCCUUCAUCAGCGGGACCGUCUAUCUGUACAAGAAAUCCAGCCGUUAAAAUCCAGUUUGAAUCAAAUGCAGAGUAAAAGUUGAGUUACAAAAACGUAUAUCAUUCAUAAUCAGAUGCAACUUUUUUACAUUAUUGGUUUAUUUUAAAUGUGAUGAACCUGAUUUUUUAUCAGCUGCUACUUCAA